AUGGCCGCCACGCCCGAAGCCAAGGGCCACAGCGCCAACACCGCAGACGGUCCGCGUCGCCGCCAACAACACCAGCGCACAUCCUCAUCCUCGUCCUCCGCGGCGGACGCCAUCGUCCACGCUGUCAAGGCCUUCGAGCAGAAAGCCGAGCACACCCUCCUCCACCUGUGGGACGACCUGCCCGCCUGGCGCCGCGACAACGCCUUCAUCCGCUCUGGCUACCGGCCCAUCCGCGGCUCGUACGCGCACUCCCUGCGCUCCCUCUUCUACCUGCACAACGAGUCCGUCAACAUCUGGACGCACCUCCUCGGCGCCAUCGUCGCCGUGGGCAUCUCUCUGUGGUGCCUGUAUGGCGUCGUGCGUGAGCGCUAUGCCUUUGCCUCGAGCGCGGAUGUCUGCGCUUUUGCGUGCUUCUUUGGCGGCGCGGUGGUGUGUCUGGGCAUGAGCGCCACGUUCCAUGCGCUCGUUGAUCAUAGCGAGGAGGUGGCCCGCUGGGGGAACAAGCUCGACUAUACGGGCAUCGUGGCAUUGAUUGUCGGGAGCUACGUCCCCGCGCUGUACUAUGGCUUCUUUUGCAAGCCAGUCUUGCUUACAGGAUAUCUCGGCCUGAUAUGUCUCCUCGGUACUGGAUGUGCUGCCGUCUCCUGGAUAGAGCGUUUCCGUACGCCUCAGUGGCGGCCUUAUCGAGCCAGCAUGUUCAUCGGCCUGGGUCUCUCAGGCGUCAUUCCCGUCGUUCAUGGCUUGUCCGUCUACGGCUUCCGGGAGCUCGAAGACCGGAUGAGCAUCAGCUGGGUCAUCGGCCACGGCGCCAUGUACAUCUUUGGCGCGGUACUCUACGCAGUCCGCUGGCCUGAGCGCAGCUCGCCAGGCGCCUUCGACAUCUGGGGCAGCUCGCACCAAAUCUUCCACAUGUUCGUCCUGCUCGCUGCCGGGACGCACUUUUACGGCAUGACCAAGGCGUUUGACUAUCACCACACCGUCAUGGGGUCGCAGUGCAUAAACGAAUAG